GCCUGACCUGCGAACCAUAGAAUUUGGCAAAUCAUAGCGGAGACCCGCUCAGCCCAGCCGAGAAACACCAUCCUGUUGCUGCCCAGCAUUGGCCGUGUGUGGCUUUGUCGUCAUUUCUUCACCCCACUAUCGCGGGGCUGAGUCUCACGUUUGCGCCUCUUGACUGCUAAGCCCCUCAUCCUUCUCUGGUUGCACCCUGGUUGCCACAGUACCUGCCGAAUCCUAAGCUUAGCGAAGACCGUCCCAGAGGCCACAUAUUUCUGUGAUCGCUACCGGGCUUCCGCUUAUACUUCUUCCUCCUGUUUACUGAAAUAUUCAGUAGCGCUUACCUACCAUAAUCAAGCCUUCCAGUCUAUCCUAUGGCAUACAACCAACAACCCGGCUAUGGGCAGCCGCCCUAUCAGGGCCAGCCCUAUGGCCAGCAGCCACAAUAUCAACAAGGACCUCCUCAAGGCUACGGACAACCACCAAUGCAGAAUCAGCAAUAUCCACCCCAGGGUCAGUACGGCGCUCCUCCACCACAGCAGCAAUGGGGCCAACCGCCGCCUGGGCAGUAUGGUGCGCCACCACCUAACCAGUAUGGCGGACCACCUCCCCAAGGCCAGUAUGGAGCUCCCCCCCAGCAACAGCAAUGGGGCCAGCCGCCGCCUUCGCAGGGUCAAUAUAACCCACCUCCGGGUCCCCCGCCGGGCCAGUACGGCGCACCGCCACAGGGUCAGUAUGGCGCACCGCCUCCGCAAGGACAGUAUGGAGCACCACCACCACAGCAACAGUACGGCGCGCCUCCGCCACAGCAACAAUAUGGCGCGCCGCCUGGCCAGUAUCAAGCCCCUCCGCCCCAGCAGCAGUACGGCCCUCCAGCACAGCCAUCCCUUGGCUACGGACCUCAGCAGACUGCCAACAUCGACGUCUCAAGGGAUGUCGAAGCCAUUCGCAAGGCUAUGAAAGGAUUCGGCACCGAUGAGAAGGCACUGAUUGCAAUCCUCGCCAAGAAGGACCCCAUGCAGAUCAACACCAUCCGCACACAGUACGAUCAAAGACUUAUGAGGAAUAUGGUCAACGAUCUCGAGAAAGAGACUAGCAGCUACUUCAAAGAGGGGUUGGUAGAGAUCGCCCGGGGUCCUCUGGCUUCAGACUGUCACACUCUCUUCAACGCAAUGAAGGGCAUGGGCACCAAAGAGGUCAUGAUUGACGACGUUUUGAUUGGUCGCAGCAAUGCCGACGUUAAUGCCAUCAAGCAGGAGUACCAGCGUAUUUUCAAGAAGAGCCUAGAAGCUGACCUACGCGGCGACCUCUCCGCUGGGACUGAGCAGAUGUACAUGAUGAUCACCUCUGCCCGCCGCGCCGAGGACUCCCACCCCGUCAUCCCCCAGGAGAUCGAACAGGCUGUCACCGACCUCCAGACCGGCAUCGGCAACAUGGUCAGCAAGAACGCCGCCCAGGUCUGCCAGAUCCUUUCCUCCAAGAACGACGCCCAGCUCCGCGCCAUCGCACAGUCGUACCAGCAGCGCUUCCACAAGGACCUGGCCGGCGUGCUCAAGUCGGCGUUCUCGGGCCACAUGGAGGACGCCCUCCUGCUCAUGCUCGCUCGCGCGCAGAACCGCGCAUUGGCCGAGGCGAUCAGGCUGGAAGAGAGCAUGGCCGGCAUGGGCACCAAGGACCAGCUGCUCGUGCAGCGCGUGGUAAGGUGCCACUGGGACCGCAACUUCAUGAACGCGGUCAGCGCCGAGUACAAGAAGAAGUUCGGCAAGGACCUGGUCAAGAGGAUUGAGGGAGAGACAAGAGGGGAUUAUGAGAGGCUGAUGGUGGCGUGUGUUAAGCCUUAGUGGCAGGUUCGUUUCUGACGAGUAAUGGUCGGAUGGGGGCGGAGUUUGUAGCAGUAUCCACAUCUGGGCUGGUGGUGUCUCGUCGAGUAGAUACCCAUUCAAUGUUAAUCAAUUCAUGUUUCCUAUGCACGCGGGUAUCUUUUCUAGUAAUGAUUUUCUCCUCGCUACUUCCUAGCUCGU